CUUGGAUACCAGAAGGAGCAAGAGAGACGGAGCGCUUGGCAACACUGUUAUGAGGUGGUGAGCAGCAGUCCAGGCAGCCGAUUGGUUCAGCGGGAGGGUUAAAGGUCACCAUGGCGGGGCGGGGCCUGUGCCCCCGCCUCUUCCUGCUCCUGGCGCUUUUCUCUCUUGGCCACGCCUCCAUCUUCCUGUCCAGCCAGCGCCUCAAGCCCCGCCUUCAGAGAGACCGACGGAACAUUCGUCCCAACAUCAUCCUCAUCCUCACGGACGACCAGGACAUAGAGCUGGGGUCGAUGCAGGCGAUGAACAAGACUCGUCGGAUCAUGGAGCAAGGGGGCACCCACUUCACCAACGCCUUUGUGACCACGCCCAUGUGCUGCCCGUCGCGCUCCUCCAUGCUGACGGGGAAGUACGUGCACAACCACAACACUUACACCAACAAUGAGAACUGCUCCUCCCCUUCCUGGCAGGCCCAGCACGAGCCGCGUACCUUCGGAGUGUACCUCAACAACACUGGGUACCGGACAGCCUUCUUUGGGAAGUACCUGAACGAGUACAACGGCUCCUACGUGCCUCCAGGGUGGAGGGAGUGGGUGGGGCUGGUGAAGAACUCUCGCUUCUACAACUACACCCUCUGUAGGAACGGCCUCCGGGAGAAACACGGCUCCAACUACCCCCAGGACUACUUGACAGACCUGAUCACAGAGGACAGUAUGAGGUACUUCCGCUCCUCUAAGAGGGUGUACCCCCAUCGGCCCAUCCUCAUGGUGUUGAGUCACGCCGCGCCCCACGGCCCCGAGGACUCCGCCCCCCAGUACAGCACCGCCUUCCCCAACGCCUCCCAGCACAUCACCCCCAGCUAUAACUACGCCCCCAACCCAGACAAGCACUGGAUCAUGCGCUACACGGGGGCCAUGAGGCCCAUCCACAUGGAGUUCACCAACAUGCUGCAGAGGAAGAGGCUGCAGACGCUGCUGUCUGUGGACGACAGUGUGGAGAAGAUCUACAACAUGCUGGUGGAGACAGGAGAGCUGGAUAACACCUACAUUAUCUACACAGCAGACCACGGCUACCACAUUGGCCAGUUUGGACUGGUCAAGGGCAAGUCCAUGCCCUACGAGUUCGACAUCAGAGUCCCCUUCUACAUCCGGGGGCCCAACAUAGAGGCUGGCUCCAUAAACCCCCACAUGGUUCUGAACAUCGACCUGGCCCCCACCAUCCUGGACAUCGCUGGGGUGGACACUCCUUUUGACAUGGAUGGCAAGUCCAUCCUCAAAUUGCUGGAUACAGACCGGGCCUUCAACAGGUUCCAGGUGAACAAGAAGGGCAAGGUCUGGAGGGACUCCUUCCUGGUGGAGCGAGGGAAGUUCUUCCACAAGAGAGAGGAUGAGAAGGAAGUGGCCCAGGAGGAGAACUUCCUGCCUAAGUAUCAGCGAGUGAAAGACCUGUGUCAGAGAACCGAGUACCAGACGCCCUGCGAACAGCUGGGACAGAAGUGGCAGUGUGUGGAGGACUCUACAGGGAAGCUGAGGCUGUUUAAGUGUAAGGGGGUGGUGAGGGGGGUGUCCAGGGGCGUGGUCAAGGGCAUGGCCAACCUGCCGGGGGGGCGGGUCCCCAGCACCGCCAGCAUCAAGUCUCAGCUCUACCGACGAAUCACAGAGCCUGACGACUGUAACUGUGGGGGCCCCCCCAGCCUCCCUGGACUACGCAUCAACUCCUUCAAGAAGAAGUUCCUCACCAAGAAGAAGAUGAAGUCCAUGAAGAGCUACUCCAGGAACCGCUUCAGUCGCUCGGUCUCCAUGGAGAUGGGCGGAGACCUGUUUGCUGUCGACCUGGAGGAUGGCUACCAGCCUGUUCCCCGCAGCAACCUGAGCAAGGGCGGGGCAGUGACCCCUGGGCCAAUCCAGGUGGAGGAUGAGGCCAGCGGAAUGGGAGGAGUCACCACACAGCCCAAGACCAGCGAGAGUCUGGAGGUGCCCUCAUCCAUCAAGGUCACUCACAGGUGUGCCAUCCUGGCCAACGACUCAGUCAAGUGUGACACAGGGGUGUAUAAGUCUCUCCAGGCAUGGAAGGACCACAAGCUGCACAUCGACCAUGAGAUCGAGACCCUUCAGACAAAGAUCAAGAACCUGCGUGAGGUCAGAGGUCACCUGAAGAAGGCUCGUCCUGGAGAGUGUGACUGCAACCGCUACAUAUACAAGUCUAAAUACAAGAGUAAGCUGAGACACAAAGGUGGCAACAUCCACCCCUUCAGAAAGGGCCAGGAGAAGGAUAAGAAGGCGUGGCUGAUGAAGGAGCAGAAGAGGAGGAAGAAGAUGAGGAAGCUGCUGAAGCGUCUGAAGAACAACGACACCUGCAGCAUGCCUGGCCUCACCUGCUUCACACACGACAACCAGCACUGGCAGACUGCUCCCUUCUGGACCAUGGGGCCGUUCUGUGCUUGCACCAGUGCCAACAACAACACCUACUGGUGUCUCAGAACCAUCAACGAGACCCACAACUUCCUGUUCUGUGAGUUUGCCACUGGAUUCCUGGAAUACUUUGACCUCAACAUUGACCCUUACCAGCUGAUGAAUGCUGUGAACACACUGGACCGUCAUGUUCUGAAUGAGCUCCACGUGCAGCUGAUGGAGCUACGGGCCUGUAAGGGCCACAAGCAGUGUAACCCCCGCACACGCAGCCUGGAGCUGGGAGGGAGAGAGCGUGGCAGCUUUGAUGAAUACAGGCAGUUUCAGCGGAAAAAGUGGCCUAAAGUGAAGCGUCCUUCUUCCUCUCGAUCGCUAGGACAGAUCUGGGAGGGAUGGGAAGGAUAGAGACCAGGAGGGAGGGGCUCCGUCUGUCUGGGCGGGGCUUGGAGGGGAGCUGGAGGAGGAGUCAGAUGCCCAGAGCUCCACCCUCAGCUUGGAGGAUUGGUCACACUUCUCUUCUGCUGUCCAUAACAUGGUGGUACUGCUAGGCAACGCGCCCCGCCGUCACCACGGAAACCGUCCUCCGGGAGGAGACCACACGUCAGCAUCACCAAUUGACCAAUCAGCUUCAGCCAUUGACCAGACCACUAGGACCACGCCCUCUUCACUGCUGAGGAGGGCAAACUCUGGAGCCCUAGAGGACACGCUGGGGCUGACUGGACACCCCCCCUCUCCACACUCCUCUUCAUCCUCCCCCACCACCUCUCCCUCCUCCUCCUCCUUCACCCCUCGCCCCUCUCCUUCCUCCUCCUCCUCUUCCUCCCCCCUCUCGCUCUCUGAUGAAGAAGGUAGCACCAACUGGGGUAGGUUUCUGAGGGAGGAGGAGGAAGACGAGGAAGAGGAUGGUUUGAGCCAAGCAGACAUGUGGAGAGACUGGCUCCAGAGACAGAGGCAGGCUUACUGUGACUGCAGUGAUUUCGAUCCUUAGACACCCUCAGCAGCGUCUGUCCAACAGCCUGUCUGUCUGCCCUCUAUCUGCCCCUUAAUGAUUCUCUGCCCCCCCCUCUCCCCUCCCUUCAUCCACUGACUGGAUCAGAACUCCUUCUCCCCCCUUUUAAAUUAGGUUUUAGUUUGAAUAUUCCUGUGAUACGUAAGGCCCAUAGGGGGCCUUGGUAACAGACAGAUGUGUUUGUAUUGUGGAUGUGUGUUGUUGACUUGAUUCCAUCCUACUGUCUCCCGUGCCCCCACAGUGAGCUUCAGUGUAUGUGGCACACUGCUUUCCCCCAAUACUCUGUGCUACUAAUUCAAGUCUGAAAACAGAUUAGCUAACAGACACACACACACACAUACUCACAGAGUGCCAUAUUUUCUUAGCUUCAUGAUGUUUAGUUUUGAAUGAGAAGCCCGAGACUUUGGAUGUGUUUGAUGUGAAUCUAUUAGGAUCUCACUUCCUUAGUUGGUUUAGGUUUGUUAUUAAUUUCGACCUGAGUGUUUGGCAUCCAGAUGUUGAACGAGACCUUUGACUAAUGUCAUUUGUAAAGCAACCGCCAGCUCCUGGCUUCCUGUUACAACGCCCACCAGGCAUUUAUCUGACCUAAUAGUUUUGGAACCACAAAACUGACUGGGACUCACAACUCCACCCAGCCUGCAUCAUGUAAGCAAGUUUAUCGUCAAACGCGCCCUAUCCACCUGUUCCUAUGGUUACCACUGAUAUGCCUGCUGCCACUAAUGGGCUGUCUGGAGUUCCCGCUUGUCACCCAUCUGCCAGUAGAGAGGAAGCGAGGGUGUGCUGGGUUUGAUUGGGGACUUUGGCCAGGGCUGAUCCCCUCAGGUAGGAGGGAAGGCUGGUAGCCUGCCCCUGACCUGCACCCCUGCCCACCCUGGAGGAUCCAGCAGCACUGAAGAACCAAAUCUAACAACCCCCUUUCUCUCUCUCUCUCUCUUUAACACAGCUGUUACUAGUCACUUUGUCUUCGCUAUACAUGGUGCUAUCGCAGUCUCCACAUAUAUAUGAUAAAUUGCUGUAUGUAUUUGAAUGUAUGUUUUACAAUUAAUGUAAAUGUUUUAAUUAAAUCUAUUUUAUGAUAGCCAGAAGAGGGGUGACCAACCUAACAUGCUGAGCUGUGAUAACUCUGUUCUAGUCCAAUCAGAGAGCAGAUUCACCCUGACCCACCCUCCUCCAAAUCCCUUUUCCCUGUUGAGACAAGAAUCAACCAGAGGACUGGAGCACUUUGACAGGGACUACUGUACACAAACGAAGAAAAGACAGAUGGUUUUAUCCUAACAAUGCCUUGUACAGUUACAUAGAUCUAUCAGACAUAUAUUUUGGUCUCCCUCAGUUUACCAGUGACCCGUUGCUAGUGGGUGUUAGUUUGUGAAUAAAGUGUUGAAUGCAAA